AGCCAGAUGUGGGAUGCUAGUUUCGCCAUGCAAGCUUUGCUUGCUGCAAAUCUGAAUGAUGAACUUGGAUCUGUACUUAAGAAAGGACAUGACUUCCUUAAGAAAUCUCAGGUUAGGGAUAAUCCUUCUGGAGACUUUGUAGCCCAUUUUCGCCACAUUUCUAAAGGAGGAUGGACUUUCUCUGAUCAAGACCAUGGAUGGCAAGUUUCUGAUUGUACUGCAGAAGCUUUGAAGAAUUGCUUGUUGUUAUCGAUGCUGCCGCCACAACUCGUCGGUGAACAACUAGAACCUGAGCGUUUAUAUGAUGCUGUCAAUGUCGUACUUUCUCUGCAGGGUCCAAAUGGUGGUGUAUCAGCCUGGGAACCGGCAGGAGCUCCAAAAUGGUUGGAGUGGCUCAACCCUAUAGAAUUUAUGGGGGAUCUCGUCAUCGAAUAUGAGCACGUCGAGUGCACCUCAUCUUCAAUCCAGGCAUUAGCUUUGUUUAGGAAGUUAUACCCCACCCACAGAAGGAAACAGAUAGAUAAUUUCAUCACAACUGCUGCAGGGUUCAUUGAAGACAUACAAAGUCCUGAUGGGUCAUGGUAUGGAAACUGGGGAAUCUGCUUCAUGUAUGGAACAUGGUUUGCAAUCAGAGGGUUAGAGGCUGCUGGCAAGACUUACAAUAAUUGUGAGGCUAUACGCCGAGGUGUUGAAUUUUUACUCAAAACACAGAGAGAUGAUGGUGGAUGGGGAGAGAGCUACAUUUCUUGUACAAACAAGAUCUAUACACCUCUUGAAGGAGACCGAUCCAAUGUGGUGCAGACUGCAAUGGGAUUAAUGGGUUUAAUUCAUGGUGGACAGGCGGAGAGAGACCCUACUCCUAUUCACCAAGCUGCAAAGAUGUUGAUCAAUUCUCAAUUGGAAAAUGGCGAUUUCCCCCAGCAGGAAGUGAUGGGAGUUUUCAUGAGGAAUGUCAUGUUACACUACGCAGCAUACAGGAAUACUAUCCCAAUUUGGGCUCUUGCAGAAUACAGCAAUAUGGUUCGUGUAGUCGUGUAGAUUAAUCUACGUGUAUGUACGUAUAUACAAAGAGUGUUGUCUGCUUAACGCCAUUAAGUAAAGGAAGAAAACAGUUUAAAAGUUAAUGAGUUAUUUAUGCAGCCUAUUAAAGUACAAGGGGGUGAAUAUUCUCUUUAUAUUUGGUUUUGGAUAUCAGCUUUACUUUUAAGCAUGUAUUUUAAAUACUUUGUCAGAGUUGAUAAUAAAUUUUAUUAAUAAUAAA